CCCACAUCGCCUACACCGAGGCCGUCAGCGACACGCAGAUCAUGCUCAAGUGGACCUAUGUGACCGCCCGCAACAACAACACCCCCAUCCAAGGCUUCUACGUCUACUACCGGCCCACGGACAGCGACAACGACGGCGACUACAAGCGGGACGUCGUGGAAGGCACCAAGCAGUGGCACCUCAUCAGCCGCCUGCAGCCCGAGACCUCGUACGACAUCAAGAUGCAGUGCUACAACGAGGGCGGCGCGAGCGACUACAGCAACGUCAUGAUCUGCGAGACCAAGGUGAAGCGCGCGCCGGGCGCCGCCGAGGCGCCGGCGAAG